AUGCCCAAAUUCACCGGGGUCCAUCAACCCUUCAAUCCCAACAAGCCGUACUGGACGAAGGACACCCCGAAAACUGAUCUGCAGAAGCGUUUUUUUGAGAAGAUGGCCAACGCGGUCAAAGGUAACAAGCGGCAUGGUAGCUCAUUAGACCACAACCACGGUGAACCGGAUCCGUACGGAGGCCCUUCCAGGUUCGAGGACCUGCCGCCCAUACCUGCUCUUGACGAACUUGAUAUCAAUGCCAUCCCCGCUUUCAUUGAAGAGAUUCAUCAAGCUCGCCUGGAAGACGAAAGGCACGAACGUGAUCUGGCUUUGGAGAGGGCAUCGCAAGAGAUGUUCUCGGCUUAUAUUGAAUGUCAUCUCAAAACGAGUGAAUGGGGCAAUCUAUUGACAUGGGACCUUGAUAACAAGCCUGCGUGUACAUGUAGACCUAGUCAAAGGCGCGAAAGGAACGUUGACUUGGUGGAUAUUUUAACGAGGCGGAAAGUGCUCAUCACAUUUUGUCCAUGUCAAGAGAACGAUCAAACUCGUUUAAUAUACAUGGGGUACAUUGGGGGCUCGCCGAAAUUCCCUCAGACCGCCUUUUCCAUAAGGCUGCUACGAUUCUAUCAUCUCAUAUGGAAGUUCUGCAGUACACGACUAGGACCUUUUGCAAGAGCUCUGGACGAGUUUCUGGACGCUGGGAAUCCCCUCAUACUUACCAAAACCGACGAGCCUCGACAAUGGCAUACACCGUUGUACUGGGCCAUCGAUGCAUAUCGACAGAUGCUCACUAUGACUGAAGAAGCCCUCCAGAUAGAACUUAAUCUCACUCUCAUCGACAAGCUCGCGGAAAACUGUCCACGGUGCUUUGGCCCCCCUGUUCAAAACACCAAUUAUCCUUUAGAGCCUGAUAUCAUAGUUUGUAUGGAUGGGAAUUUUCAGCAUCGUAGGCACCUCUCCGCAGGAACUAAGCAAGCUAAGAAACCCAUCAAGAUGCCAUCAUUAUUUCUCCCUGAGGAACAAGUCAACCAAAUGCAGGCUCGGCUUGAAGGGCUUCCUGAAAAUGAUUUUCAAGCAUGUGCCGAUCAGCACACUGCAGCCAAUGAUAAGCGAGGUAAUAGGCACUGGGGCGGUUGUGAUGAAACUGGGUUGAUGGGGAUGGCUUGUCGUCAUGACCACCCACUUCGAUUCGCCAACAUCAAGCAAAGCGGCGAAAACUGA